AUGGCGACUGUCAAGGGUGAACUUAAGAAUUUCACCUCAGAGGAGGCUGCUCGUCACAAUAAAAUCUCCAUUAUUGGAGCCGUUGGUGUGGCCUGUGCAAUCAGCAUCUUAUUGAAAGGUUUGAGUGAUGAACUUGCCUUUGUGGAUGUUGAUGAAGGCAUUGGUGAGACAGUGGAUCUUCAACAUGGCAGCCCUUUCAUGAAAAUGCCAAACUUUGUUUCUAGCGAAGAUUAAUAUUACCUUGUCACUGCAAACUCCAACAUAGUGAUUAUCACAGCAGAUGCAUGCCAGAUAAAAGGAGAAACCCUUGAUUUAGUCUAGCAAAAUGUGUCCAUGUUUAAAUUAAUUAUUCCCAGUAUUAUCCAAUAUAGUUCAUGCUGCAAACUGAUUUUUGUUUCCAAUCCAUUGGAUAUCUUAACCUACAUAGCCUGGAAGUUGAGUGCGUUUCCCAAAAACCGUGUUAUUGGUAGUGGCUGUAAUCUGGACACUGCCCGUUUGUUUCUUGGGCAGAGGCUUGGUAUCCAUUCUGAAAGCUGUCAUGGGUUGGUCCUGGGAGAGCAUGGAGACUCGAGCGUUCCUGUGUGAGUGAACAUUGCUGGGGUCUCUCCGAAGGACCUGAACUUAGAUAUAGGAACUGAUAAAGAUCCUGAGCAGUGGGAAAACGGCCACAGAGAACUAGUUGCCAGUGGCUAUGAGACAACUAAAAAGGAAAUAUUUCUUGGGGGUGUUUCCCUAUCUAUAGCUGAUUUAAUGGAAAGUAUUUUGAAGAAUCUUAGGAGACUACAUCCAGUUUCCACCAUAAGUAAGGGCGUCUAUGGACUAAAAGAAGUAUUCCUUAGUGCUCCUUGUGUCCUUGGAGAGAAGGGCAUUACAGAUCUAAAGGUAAAGCUGAUCCCUGAAGAGGAGGCUCGUUUGAAAAAGAGUGCAGAAACUCUUUGGGAAAUUCAGAAGGAGCUCAAGCUUUAA